UGAAGUGCGAGAACCAUGAAUUAUUUGUAUUUCCAUUAUUACGUGAUAUAUACGCAAUAUUUCAUAGAUUAAUCGAUGAAAUAGCAGAUAUUGCACAAUCACUGCAGACUCUAGAGUCCUGGGUGAAUAUUAAAACGCAACAGGAAUUUAUUUCUGUCGUUUUACCAGACUGGUAUGUAAAGCAAUCUCAUUCUCGAUUAGAUACCAUUCUCGAGAAUAUGUAUUUGCCGUUAAAUGAAUACGUGAAAAGUUUACAUGAGCGUUUUGGAGUCGUAUACGAUCCAGAAACGCAUAAAGAUGUCGUAAUAUAUGUUGCCCAAGGACAUGAUUUUGAAAAUUGUGUCGCUAGAGUCGAGGAUUUCAAUCGGUUCGUGGGAGAGAUUUAUGGAUUGACUGGAAAUGAAUAUUUUUGUGUCGGUCGACUUCGUCAGGAGGAUGCGAAAGCUGGACUAACUAAAUACACGAAGGACGUCCGCGAAUUAAUAAUUGGCGAAUUAAUUAAACGUCAUCGUAAUUUUAAUUUAGAGAUUUGCGAAACUUUUGAGAGACUUGAAGAACGCUCACUCAAUAUUCCUCGCAACACGAAAGAAUUGUUGGAAUUAGGUGAAUAUAUGAUAUACGCUACUACAACUCUUAUGGAAAAACUACGUGAGAAGAUUACACAUUCGUUAUGCAUAAUGGCUUCUCUAAUUGAAAUGACUACAUUGGAUCAGGAUCAUAUAGAAUUGAACAAUACGACAAUAAAUUGGCUUAAGAGAAUAAAACCAAUUUUUGAGCAAAACAGUUCGAUGUUCGAGCAGAUGAAAUUUGAUCUAGAGGAACAGUUGCAACAGAAAACAUCCAUCCUGGGUAGUCAGGUUGAACAAAUGUUUCCAAGACUUUCUAUAAUGGACGAUAUGGACGAUAUAAAUCGUAUAAAGGAUUACAUUGAGGAUAUGAGAAAAUUCGUACGUGGAUUGGAUCGUAUGGAUGAAGAAGCAACGUGGAUAAAUCGAGAGGAAGGCCUUUUUCAAUUUCCGAAAACUGCUUAUCCUAGAAUUAAAGAACUCAAGGAAAUUAUUAUGCCUUAUUAUAGUCUAAUAUAUCGUGCUUAUCAGUGGCAACGUGACGUAGGAGUUUGGCUUUAUGGUCCUUUUGAAUAUCUUGACUCAAAUGUCAUUGAGAACAAGACGACGGAUUAUUUCACAGACUUUACAAAGAUUAGCAAAACAUACAGAACUAAGAUAAAGAUGCACAAUGCUACGAAUUACCAAUACAGCUUUGCAGGCUCUGUGGAUGAUCCUGAUCCAUUUCAACAACCAGCGCCAAUGAAACUUUGCUUCCAGUUACUUGAACAUAUUAAGUGGUUCAAGCAAUACGUACCAUUAGCAGUAUGCUUCUGUAAUCCUGCAUUACGCCAAAGACAUUGGGAUGACAUGUCUGAGAUUGCUGGUUUUGACUUAACCCCAGACGCUGGCACCACACUGCAAAAAAUUAUUGAUAUGAAUUUAAUGAGUGAUUUGGACAAGUAUGAACUGAUAAGUGUGAGUGCGACAAAGGAACUCUCUCUCCAGGAACUCCUGGCAAAAAUGACUCAUGAAUGGGACGGAAUGAACUUCACAACUAUGAUGUUCAAAGAUUCAGGUGUUCAUAUAUUAACACAGCUUGAUGAUAUUCAAGCAUUGCUAGAAGAACACAUCGUCAAGGUUCAAGCAAUGCGUGGUUCAGCAUUUGUGAAACCUAUUGAACAGGAAGUAAAGGUGUUUUAUGAUUUAAUUCUUCGAAUACAAAGAACCAUUGAUGAGUGGACAAAGGUUCAAGUACAGUGGAUGUAUCUGCUACCAAUAUUCUCAAGCAAGGAUAUUGUUGCUCAGUUACCUGAAGAAGGUAUUUUAUUCUCAGAAGUUGAUGGGACUUAUCGUAGAGCAAUGCAAGGAGUAGCAAAGGAUGCUCGUGUGAGAGAGACUGCUGGUUCAGUUGGACUGUACGAGGCUAUGAAGGAAGCAAAUGAAAUGAUGGAAAAAGUUAAUGACGGUGUCGCUAAUUAUUUAGAGAAGAAGAGAUUAUUUUUUCCACGUUUCUUCUUUCUCAGUAAUGAUGACAUGCUCGAGAUACUCUCUGAGACUAAGGAUCCUCUACGUGUGCAACCUCACUUAAAAAAAUGUUUUGAGGGAAUUGCUAAACUUGGAUUUAAUGAAGAUUUGGAAAUUCAUUCCAUGUUCAGUGACGACAAAGAAGAAGUUAAAUUUCAAGAUGUUAUAUCCACUGUCGCAGCUCGAGGAUGUGUCGAACGUUGGCUUGUACAGGUUGAAGAGGAAAUGGUCAAGUCAAUUAGACAUGAGAUACUAAUGAGUUAUUUUGAUUACGAAGUGAACGAACGUGUAAUGUGGGUGCGAAUUUGGCCAGGGAUGGUUGUACUAUGCGUAUCGCAAAUAUAUUGGAGUAUAGAAGUGCAAAAUUGCUUAAUGACACACAUAAUUUCGACUAUGACGACUCUGUAUGACCAAUUGAAGGCACAGAUUUUAGAAAUGGUCAAUUUGGUAAAGGGGCAAUUAUCAAAGCAGAAUCGUACCACCUUAAAUGCACUAAUUACUAUCGACGUCCAUGCCCAGGAUGUUGUUAAACUAUUAAUCGACAAAAAUAUCACUCACGAAUCUGAUUUUGAAUGGUUGGCACAAUUGCGAUAUUAUUGGGAAGAUGAUGUCCUUGUCAGAAUUAUCAAUGCAACUGUAUCUUAUGCUUAUGAAUAUCUUGGAAAUUGUCCUCGAUUAGUUAUCACGCCGUUGACAGACAGAUGUUAUCGAACCUUAAUCGGUGCCUAUUCUCUCCAUUUAAAUGGCGCUCCCGAAGGUCCAGCAGGUACGGGAAAGACAGAAACAACAAAAGAUCUGGGCAGAGCAAUAGCCGUUCAAUGCGUGGUGUUCAAUUGCUCAGAUGGUUUAGAUUACAAAAAUAUGGGUAAAUUCUUCAAAGGAUUGGCAUCGUGUGGUGCGUGGGCAUGUUUCGAUGAGUUCAAUAGAAUUGAACUAGAAGUACUUUCUGUGGUCGCUCAGCAGAUCCUGUGUAUAGUGCAAGCAGUGCGUGGCAACCUGGAGACAUUUAUAUUCGAAGGAACAGAAUUGAAAUUAAAUCCAGCUGUUUACGUUUGUAUCACUAUGAAUCCGGGAUACGCAGGCAGAUCUGAACUCCCUGAUAACUUGAAGGUCCUCUUUAGGACAGUGGCCAUGAUGGUACCUGAUUAUGCCAUGAUUGGCGAAAUAUUUCUCUAUUCUUCAGGAUUUAGCACUGCCAGAGUGCUGUCCAUUAAAAUUGUAACGACCUAUAAACUUUGCUCAGAACAAUUAUCAUCUCAAUCUCACUACGAUUAUGGAAUGCGUGCUGUGAAAACUGUACUGACUGCUGCGCAGAAUAUCAAAUUGAAGUUUCCAAACGAAGAUGAGAUGAUACUUUUACUUCGUUCCAUCAUCGACGUCAAUCUUCCAAAAUUCUUAGCACACGACGUACCCCUCUUUCAGGGUAUCAUCUCAGAUUUAUUUCCUGGAGUUGAAUUGCCAUCGCCAAAUUAUGACAUUCUUCUUAAAGCCGUUAACGAAGUCGUCCUGAAGAAGAAUCUUCAGCCAGUUGAUGGAUUUUUAUUAAAAAUUAUACAAACGUUUGAGAUGAUGAUAGUUAGACAUGGAUUCAUGCUGGUAGGAGAUCCUUUUGGCGGAAAAACAUCAGUUUUGAGAACUUUGGCUGAUGCGCUAACUUUGAUGCAUGGGUGGGGCGAUGAAAAUGGCGCGGUAACAAAAUACACGACUGUCAAUCCAAAAGCAAUAACCAUGGGCCAAUUAUAUGGUCAAUUUGAUCCAGUAUCAUCGGAAUGGACCGAUGGCGUGUGUGCUGUUGCUUUUAGGCGUUACUGUACUGAAGAUAAUCCAGAUAGAAAAUGGCUCAUCUUUGACGGACCGGUAGAUGCUGUAUGGAUUGAGAAUUUGAAUACUGUAUUGGAUGACAAUAAAAAACUAUGUUUGACAUCUGGUGAAGUCAUGCAAAUGACAGGUGUCAUGUCAAUGAUUUUUGAAGUUAUGGACUUACUUCAAGCUUCACCAGCUACUGUCUCACGUUGUGGAAUGAUCUAUAUAGAACCACACGUUCUAGGCUGGCGACCAUUCCUUAAAUCCUGGAUCAACAGUGUAAAUAAAAAAUGGCGUGUUGCGUACGAAGAUAUCUUGGAAGCAUAUUUUGAAUGGCUGGCUGACCCUUGCUUGGAAUUUAUUCGCAAAAGAUGCAAAUCAACCCUUACUGCCGGCCAGAUUAAUAAUGUUGUCUCGACGUUAAAUCUUUUUGAGAUGUUUAUGGAUGAUGCUGUGGAGGAAAAUUUAGAUGACUAUAAAGAACAUAUUACACCCUGGUUACAAGCAUCCAUGAUGAUGUCAAUGGUAUGGGGCGCAGGUGGCACUUUGGAUUACGAUUCACGUUGUAAAUUUAAUGAGUUUUAUUUACCUUUUUGGAAAAAUGAAAAUUCAGAUUAUCCAGUACCCGAGAAAAUUGGUGAUAUUAUUAUUUCUCUGCCCGGAGAAGGACUGAUACAUGACAAUUAUUACACGUUCAAAGGCAAAGGUGCCUGGAAAUAUUUUGGGGAUACAGCAAAAUCAGAAAAAAUCAUUGAGACCCAAAGUAUAGGUCAAAUGAUGGUACCUACCAUAGACACUGUAAAGUACCAAAGUCUUUUCUUACGUCAUAUCAAACACCGUAAACGAUUUUUACUCUAUGGUGAAACUGGCACCGGUAAGAGUUUCUAUGUACAAGAAUUAAUGAUGAACAAGUUGGACGAAAAAUUUUAUCUUCCUAAUUUUUUAACGUUUACCGCUAAAACUACUGCUGCACAAACUCAAGAACUUGUUGUUUCUAAAUUAUUCAAGAGGCGUAAAGGCCAUUUUGGACCAAUGGGAGGAACUUACUGUAUCGUUUUUGUAGAUGACGUUAAUAUGCCAGCUAAAGAAGUCUAUGGAGCUCAACCAGCCAUUGAAUUGCUACGACAAUAUUUUGACCAUGGACAAUGGUAUGACCUUAAGGAACCGGAAGAGGUUCGAAUCUUUGAUACUAUGUUCAUCUGCGCCAUGGCACCACCAGGCGGAAGUCGUCAAGAUGUUUACCAUCGUUUCCUAAGACAUUUUAAUUUGUAUUCAAUUAAUACAUUCUCACGAGAGAGUAUCUUUCGAAUAUUCACCAACGUGGCUCUCACUGGUUUAAAGAAGAAUGGAUUUGCAACGGAUGUUCUUAUCGUGGUGAACAGUCUGGUAAAUGCAACAAUGGACGUCUUCGAGAGUGCCACUAAUGAUUUAAGGCCGACACCAGCAAAGUCCCAUUAUUUAUUUAACUUACGUGAUUUCUCAAGAGUAAUAACAGGUUGUGCAAUGAUUCAGAAGGAUUCUGCGGAAUCAAAAUUGACGUUUGUGAGACUUUGGGUUCACGAAAUCCUUAGAGUGUUUGGCGAUCGUCUCAUAGAUCUGGGCGAUCGUAAAUGGUUGUUCGAUAAGCUAAAAGAUACUACCCAAGGCACGUUCAAGGAAUCAUUCGAUUUUGUAUUCGAUCAUUUACCAAAAUUUAACGAACAGCUUACUGAGGCGAGUUUGCAAAAUCUUAUAUUUGGAAAUUUCAUGGACGUAGACGCCAUUCCGGAAGACAAAAAAUACGAAGAGAUCACAUCGAUGGACGAAUAUAAGCGGGUAGCUCUUCUUUGUCUGGAAGAGUACAACAACACUCACAAAAACAAAAUGGACAUAGUUCUAUUCCGUUACGCUUUGGAGCACCUUGCAAGAGUUUGUCGAAUUCUGGCAAUUCCUUGUGGCAGUUUAUUAAUGGUUGGCGUCGGGGGCUCAGGAAGACAAUCUUUAACUAGACUAGCAGCAGGAAUGGCUGGUCAUGGUUUAUUCCAACCGGAAAUAGGAAGUGCUUAUGGCAUGAACGAGUGGCGGGAGGAUAUCAAGAAGGUUUUAAAAAAUUCCGGUGGAACCGGAAAGGACUUGGUAUUUCUUUUUACUGAAGGUCAAAUCAAAGAGGAAGCAUUUCUAGGUGAUAUCGACAGUCUAUUGAACUCCGGAGAAGUGCCGAAUUUAUUUACAGUCGAAGAACGACAGGAAGUCAUUGAAAUGACCAGACUGGCUGCACAAGGCGGAAACCGUAACCUGGACAUCUCAGUGCUUGCUGUACUAGCAUUUUUUGUAAAUCGUUGCAAAGAAAAGCUUCACAUAAUGCUGUGCUUCAGUCCCAUUGGUGAAUCCUUCAGGAAUAGAUUGCGUCUUUAUCCAAGUCUUGUCAGUUGCUGUACCAUAGAUUGGUUUGAAGUCUGGCCUGAAGAUGCAUUGGAACAGGUAGCCAUCAGGUGUACAACAGGUAUCAAUGUGGCGGAUGAGAUCAAGAUCAAUUCUGUCGUAGCCUGCAAAUACUUUCAUGUUUGUGCCAAAGAUAUAAGUAUAAGAUUUUAUGAAGCUUGUGGAAGAAAAACUUAUAUUACCUCAGCAGCUUUCUUAGACCUCAUACAAACCUUUGCCGAGCUCAUGAGGAAAAAACAGGAGGAGCUCAUCCUUGCCAGAGACCGUUAUCUGGGUGGCUUGGAUAAAUUAGAAUUUGCUGCUCAACAAGUGACAAAUAUGAAGUCAACCCUGACUGCUCUACGACCGCAGCUGGAGAUGUCUGCGACUUUAACAACGCAGACUAUGAGGCAGAUUGAAAGUGAAAAUAUAAGUGUAGAAAAUGCUACGAUUAUGGUAAAGAAGGAUGAAGAUGCUGCAAAUGCCCAGGCCGAAGUUGCUGGAGCACUCAAAGCUGAAUGUGAAGCUGAUCUGGCGGAAGCACUUCCGGUUCUUGAUGAAGCAAUAGCUGCAUUAAACACGUUAAAACCGGCUGAUAUUACUCUGGUGAAAUCAAUGAAGAAUCCACCGGAGGGUGUAAAACUUGUGAUGGCCGCGGUUUGCGUGAUGAUGAAUAUUCCACCGGAUAGAGUAAAUGAUGCUGCAACGGGAAAGAAGAUUUUGGACUAUUGGGGACCCAGUAAACGUCUUUUAAGCGAUCUUAAAUUUUUAGAUAAUUUACGGGAUUACGAUAAGGAUAAUAUUCCUGUCAGCACGAUGCAGGUAAUCAAAAGAACAUACAUGACGGAUGCGAAUUUCGAACCAAAGAUCGUGGCCAAAGCUUCCCAAGCUGCAGAAGGACUUUGCAAGUGGGUACGCGCCAUGGUGCUGUAUGAUAAAGUGGCUAAAGAAGUUGCGCCAAAAAAAGCUAAGCUUGAAGCAGCACAAAAGGAUUUUGAGGACACUAUGGCGUUUUUGAAUGAGAAACGUCAAAUGUUGGCCGCACUGAAUGAAAAACUAGCAGCAUUAAAUGAGAGUCUACGUGAAACUUUGUCGAGGAAAAUUGACUUGGAAAAUCAGGUGACCAAUUGCAGAAACAAAUUGAUUCGGGCUGAAAAGCUUAUCAACGGUUUGGGUGGUGAAAAAGAUCGGUGGAUGAUGUGUGCUGAAAAUUUACAAAAAUCCUACGACACGCUUGCUGGUGACAUUUUGAUUUCUUGUGGAAUGAUCGCAUAUCUCGGACCAUUCACGACGGCUUAUCGUAUUGAGAAUUUGGAAAAAUGGCGAAUCUACGUCAAGAGUUUAAAUAUACCUUGCUCGGAAAUCUACAGCUUUGUUAAUAUCCUGGGCUCAGAAAUAAAAAUCAACUCGUGGAACAUACAUGGUCUACCGCGAGAUUCUUUCUCCACGGAGAAUGCAAUAAUAAUGGAUAAUUCAAAAAGAUGGAGUCUAUUUGUUGAUCCUCAAAGUCAAGCCAAUAAAUGGAUUCGAGCUAUGGAAAAAUUCAGUGAAUUAGAAGUGAUUAAAUUGACAGAUAAAAAUUACAUGGAAAUUUUGGAACAAUGCAUCGAAUUUGGUAAACCAGUGCUACUAGAGAAUGUUGGCGAAGAAUUAGAAGCACCAUUGGAUCCCAUUUUAAUGAAGAACAUAUAUAAAAUUGCUGGCGUCUGGUAUAUUACAUUGGGUGAAAAAACAGUGGAAUACGGAUUGAAAUUUCGACUUUACAUUACAUCAAAAUUGCGCAAUCCUCAUUAUCUGCCUGAAGUCUUUAACAAAGUAACGCUGAUAAACUUUGCCUUGACCUUGGAAGGUUUGGAUGAUCAAUUACUUGGGAUAGUAGUAGCUAAAGAGAGACCAGAUCUUCAAGAGAAAAGAGAACAUUUAAUAGUUCAAGGAGCAGCAAAUAAAAAAGCUCUUAAGCAAGUCGAAGACAACAUACUAAAGACCUUAUCAGUAGCUGGUGCAAGUAUUCUUGAGGAUGAGGAAGCUAUUGAGAUUUUAGACUCUUCAAAAAUCCUCUCAACUGACAUAUUAAAGAAACAGGAAGUGGCCAAGGAGACUGAAGCUAAAAUUGAAGUUUUUCGUCAAAGUUACAAACCAAUAGCCAAACACAGUUCAUCUCUUUAUUACACAGUAACAGAUUUACCCAAUAUCGAUCCGAUGUAUCAAUAUUCUCUGUCCUGGUUCAUCAAUUUAUAUAUCAUAUCAAUUGAAAGCGCAAACAAGAGUAAAGUUCUUGAGCGGAGAUUGAUGUUUCUGAAAGAAACUUUUACUUAUAAUUUGUAUCAGAAUGUCUGUCGAUCAUUAUUUGAAAAAGAUAAGGUACUUUACUCGUUUGUCCUUUACACCACGAUUUUAUUGGCAACCAAUGAGAUCAAUAAGGAUGAACUGAUGUUCUUUUUAUCGGGAGGAAUGGCAAUGGGCAAUGUCAUAAAGAAUCCUGCAUCAGAAUGGCUCUUGGAUAAAUCCUGGGACGAAAUCUGUCGAGCUAGUCAGACUCUCAGUGCUUUUUCACAAUUUAUCAACAGUUUUCAACAAAAUUUACCUGCAUGGCGACGAUUUUAUGAUUUAAUGAAUCCGCAGAGUUCACCACUACCAGAACCGUGGGAAACUUCAAUGACUUCAUUUCAAAAAUUAAUUGUAAUGAGAAUGAUUAGACCGGAUAAAGUAACCAUAAAGGUGAUGCAAUUUGUGGAAAGCGGUAUGGGAGCUAAAUUUGUCACUCCACCUCCUUUUGAUCUCUCAAAAUCAUAUGCAGACUCGAACUGUCUUAUACCAUUGAUAUUUAUCUUAUCUCCUGGAUCAGAUCCAAUGGGGGCUCUGUCGAAUUUUGCUGAGAAUAUGAACUAUGCAUCGCGAUUUAAUUCAAUAUCACUUGGACAAGGUCAAGGUCCUUUGGCUCGAAAGCUUAUAGAACAAGGACAGAAUGAAGGAUGCUGGGUUUGUCUGCAAAACUGCCACUUGGCGGUUUCAUGGAUGUCCGCCUUGGAAAAAAUUUGUGAAAACUUCGAUUCCACAAAUACCUCCAUGAAUUUUCGCCUUUGGCUAACUAGCUAUCCUUCUGAUAAAUUUCCUAUUACGGUUUUGCAAAAUGGAGUAAAGAUGACAAACGAACCGCCUACGGGACUUCAACAAAAUCUAAUGCGAUCAUACAAUACUGAUCCCGUCAACGACCCAGAAUUUUUUGAAGGCUGUCCUGGCAAGGAAAAAGAAUUUACAAAACUUUUAUAUGGUUUAUGCUUUUUUCAUGCUGUCGUACAAGAACGAAGAAAUUAUGGUCCACAAGGAUGGAAUAUUAGAUAUGGAUUCAACGAGUCUGAUUUCCUCAUAUCCGUUCAACAACUUCAGAUAUUCAUCAAUGACUAUGACAAUGUUCCAUUUAAAGCCAUCAUGUAUCUAACUGGCGAAUGUAAUUAUGGUGGAAGGGUGACUGACGACAGAGACCGCAGAUGUCUGAAUACUAUACUCCAAGAUUUUUACAAUCCAGAAGUGAUAAACAAUCCAAAUUAUUCAUUUGCUGACAUCGGACCUGAAUACACAUUACCAAAAAAGUGCGACCAUCGUGACUACGUGAAACAAAUAGAAGGAAUUCCUACUAAUCCACCACCGGAAGUCUUUGGUCUACAUACUAAUGCAGGAAUUACAAGGGAUCUUGGAGUUUCCAAAAUUUUUUUCGAUUCCAUGAUACUCAUUCAGGGAACAGUCACUGUGGGAGAUGCUUCCAAACAGGACGAAUUGCUUUUAACUAUGAAGAAAGAUCUUUAUGAUAAAAUGCCAGAGCUUUUCGAUAUUGAGGAAGCACAAAAAAAGUAUCCAAUCGAAUAUAUGGAAUCGAUGAAUACCGUAUUGAUACAAGAAAUGGAACGCUAUAAUACACUUUUGAAAGAAGUUCGGAAUUCUUUAGUGACGCUUGAAAAAGCUGUGAAGGGAAUGAUAGUAAUGACGCCAGCAAUGGAGGUUCUCUCAACUAAUAUGCUCAAUUCAAAAAUUCCACCCACUUGGAUAAAAGCCAGUGCGUAUCCUAGCUUAAAACCAUUACCAAGCUUUGUGAAUGAUUUUCUAGAACGACUAGCGUUUUUUAAAAAAUGGCUGUUACAAGGAAAACCAGCAUCUUUUUGGAUUUCUGGCUUUUCAUUCGUACACGCAUUCCUAACUGGUGCAACACAAAACUACGCCAGAAAAUAUAAAAUAUCCAUUGACAAGAUUGAUUUUGAUUUCAAGGUAAUGCCCAUGUACGAGGCCAACAUUGCUCCUGAUGACGGUGUCUACGUAUAUGGCAUGUUUUUGGCAGGCGCCAGAUGGGAUAUAAAAAAAAUGUUACUCUCUGAAAGUCUUCCAAAAGUCCUUUGGGAUCAAAUGCCAAUAAUUUGGCUGAAGCCAUGCGAGGCAGUAGAUAUUAAUGUAAAUAAUCGCUAUCAAUGUCCAUUGUACAUAACAUCUGCACGAUUUGGAACACUCAAAACUACAGGUCAUUCUACAAAUUACGUUUUAUCACUUUUAUUGGAUACUGAUUAUCACGUAAGUCACUGGAUCAAGAGAGGAUUGGCAUUACUAUGUCAAUUAGAUGAUUAA